AUGAAAUUAGAUAACUUGUUCUUGGCGCCAAGUUCUCGUCGAGUGGAUCUAGACCAAGAAAGAGGUGAGGGAUCAGGUACUGCUAAGAAGGGGAAAAAGAAGAAGGGAGGCUCUGGCAAUAGGAGAGGAAGAGGAAGGCCUAAGAAGAAGAAAACAAGUGAAGAGCCUGUCUUUGAAGAUGAUAUAAUUGAACAUUUUAGGAGAUCUGUUAACAAUGAAGGAGAAGUAGGCCAAUCAAAUGUUGUGGAGGACAAGGGAUUAAGUGAUCUGGAAGAAUACAACUCUGAUGAGCUUGUGAGUGGGUCUGACAGUGAUGAAAAUGAUGCAGGAAAUCCACAAUUUCCAGUUUUUAAGAUGCCAAAUAGUAUGAAAAAGUAUGAAUGGGAGGUGGGAACUUUAUUUAUGACUAAGGUUGAUUUUCAGCUUGCUGUUAGAACUUUUGCUGUUGAGAAUGCUAGAGAUUUGAAGUUUAAAAAAAAUGACUUGAAGAGAAUGAGGGUAACUUGCAAAGGUGAUGGUUGUGAAUGGGAAAUGUAUUGUGGUAAAAUUGAAGGUGAGGAAACGUGGCAAUUGAGGAAAAUUAUAGGGGAGCAUACAUGUGCACUAGGGUGGAAAAUUAAGAUGAUGAACUCUAAAUGGUUAGGAUCUAAACUACACACAAGGGUUAGAGAGAAUAGGGACCUAAGUGUUACUACAAUUAUGCAGAGGGCUCGACAGAAGUGGGGAAUGGAUGUCAACGAAUACAAGGCUUAUAGGGCAAAGAACUAUGCAGUUGAAUUUGUUGAAGGUAGCUUUAGAGAGCAAUAUAGAAGGUUACAUGAUUAUGGUAAAGAAUUAAUUAGAGUCAAUCCAGAAUCAUCUGUAACCAUUACUGGUACCCCUUAUGUAGGUUCUGAAGCUGACCUAGAAUCUCCUAACCAUAUAGUUUGUCCUCACUUUCAAAGAAUGUAUGUGUGUUUUAAGGGGUGUAGGGAUAGUUUCUUCAAGUGCAUAUCUAUAAUUGGUCUUGAUGGGUGUUUCCUUAAGACCCCUUAUGGUGGAAUGCUAUUGACUGCAAUUGGAAUGGAUCCUAAUGACCAAUACUUCCAAUUGCUUAUGCUAUCGUGGAAGGAGAGAAUAAAGAAUCAUGAACAUGGACUUUUUCCAGCAAUUGAUGCUUUGCUUCCUGGAGUUGAGCAGAGGUUUUGUGUCAGACACCUCUACAACAACUUUAGGAAGAGACGCACUGGGAAAAAAUUGAAAGAUUUGAUGUGA